AUGGCUGGAAAACAGGUGGUUAUUAUAGGCGCCGGAAUAUCGGGUUUGAAAACUGCUUCUGAAUUAUACAAAAAGGGCUUCGAUUCAUGCGUAGUGAUUGAAGCGAGAGAUAGGGUUGGAGGAAGGCUUCAUACAGUUCCUGGCUACAAAAAUAACAAAUAUGAUGUUGGUGCCAGCUGGCACCAUGAUACGCUGGUUAACGGCUUGUUUUUGGAAGAAUUGAGUAUGCCAAAGGAACAGCGUGCUUCGUUUGUAUUUGACGACGACGCUCUUGUCGUGAUCGACCAAGAGAAAGGAAGAAUAGAUCAAGAUCCAGACAUGACCCUCGAGGUCCUCAUGGAAGAACUCUUGAAAUAUAAUCAAUUGCAAUAUUUCGAAGACCUUGACGUCAAGGACGUGAAUUUUUUUGAGACUAUUGUCAAAUACCUUUACGAACGCAGAGAUCUGCUGACAGAUGACCAGAUUCGAUACAUACCUCAAUUGGCUCGCUACAUGGAGUCUUGGCAUGGGAUCGAUUGGAAGUCACUGAGUUCAAAGUGUUUGGAAAUCGCCCAUCAGGGCAGGAACGCAUUUGUACUGAAUUACGACACUAUUGUCGAACGUAUCGCCUCUUCUUUCCCUAAGGGCUGGCUUAAGCUGGGUACUGAAGUUAUCAGCGUGAACACGGAAGGCAAAAAAGUGGUUGUUUCGACUAGUAGCGGUGAGGUAUACGAAAGUGACUAUGUGGUAAUAACUAUCCCCCAGAGCGUCUUGGCUCACUCAUUGAGCCCAACACCUCGAAAGGGUAGAAUAGAAUUUACACCUCCUUUGGCAAGUAACAUCCAAGACGCAUUCCAAAGGACCCAUUACGGAGCACUGGGGAAAGUGAUUUUUGAGUUCGACAAGUGCUGUUGGUCUAAGGACCGCUCAAGGGCAAUAACCAUGGCGAAAUCAAACCCAGAAAUUGCAAGAAAGGUGAGAGAUGCCCAAGAGCUAAAUCAGCUUGUUGAAAAACUAAACUCAGACACUAAAUAUAACUUCAAAAAUGGAGAAUCGUGGGACUUUCCGCUAUUCUUUGUUAACCUAGCCAAGCACACAGACAAUCCAUCCUUAAUAUUACUCAUGGCAGAUCCACUUACCACAUACAUCGAGUCAUUACCAGAGAAGGAGAAGGUAUAUGACUUUUUCAAACCUGUUGUAAAGGAGGUUCUGAAAGCCUUUGAUUGUUUCGAGCCCGUAGUUACCGAUUUCGAGGACAAGCUCGAUGAGACGAGUGAAGGACCGGUAUUAAAAAACGUUCUGACCACGAAAUGGACCCAGGACCCAUAUGCCCUUGGUGCCUAUUCCGCGUGUUCUCCCGGAGAUGACCCAAUGGACUUAAUUUUAGCCCUUGCUGGAAGCGAGACGUCAAAGGUCCGGUUUGCGGGAGAACAUACGAUAAUGGAUGGCGCUGGCUGUGUUUACGGUGCCUGGAACAGUGGGGUACGAGAAGCGUCAUUCAUUGCCGAAAAAAUGGGAAAAGUUAGAUCGUGA